AAAAUGGCCGCGGUCAAGUCCGACAUUGGCGCAUCGUUUUGCAAAGUGCGCUACUGUUUAAAUUACAGGCAUUUGUUUCUAACCUGUCUCUGAUCGGUGGCGCCGUCAAAGCAGCGACUUGCAAACAACGUGCGGCGAAGUCCACUAUGUCAGGGAAGGAAGGUGGAUCAUUGGUGAAAUCUUUAAUGUAAGCAAUGUGUGCGCCUCUCAGGUUUAUUACGCACGGUAGUAUUUUGAUGAAAUGACAAGUGCGUGCAAUUGUGGCACUCGGUUGACGGGUAGUUCGAUUGGUGAGAGAGAAAAGUGAUUAAAACAAAUGAUACCGUGGACGUUAUGAAUUUUAAACGGAAGUUGUUACCGCAGUGUUAUUCGUACUUUUACCAAUGAAGAAACCUCGGUAAAUUGCACAAUAUGCCCGAUUGUACUGAUUAUGUUGGAGCAACCGAUGACGACUGGAUGCGAGAACCUAUUCAGUUCCGUCAUGAUUUUUUAGCCUUUCAUUCACAAUAUUCAUGUGAUUUAUGAGAUUGUGCGUGGAAAGAGACCGCCUUCGGGAGCGGGAGCGGCAGGCACGUGCUCAGAUGUCCUCACAAGUGGCCGAAAGAGAUAGAGAACAGGAGGUCCCUGGAGCACCGCUCUUCGGAGCACCUGUCAGGGUAAACCCGUCCUCUGCCGAUCGAGUAACGCAGCAAAUCCAAAGCAAGCUAGGGGACUUCCAGAAAGUAAAACCGUUCUUCGACGACUCGAAAAGGCUCAUCGGAGUCGACGGCGUUCCUCCAAGUCCGGGCGGUCCGCUUACGGCCGCCGCCAAUUUACCAUCGGGAACCUCUCGACCUUCGUUAAAUUCCAAUUUGGUGCUACCCUCGACGAGGCCCCCUCCCCCGCCGCCGCCGACGACGAACAACGGCAGCGCGCGGUCCGAAUUCAAGAAGCCGCCGCAGAACAACGCGAGACCGCCGCACCAUCCUCAUCCGAGGAGGGACUUUACCAAACCCAACGAUGGUAAGCCUCCUUACGAGGGUCGCGGCGGAUAUCCGGGGCAGCCGAUCAAGCCGGUCAGUUCGAUUAGCAAUCAUCGAUCGAAUGGUAUCGUGCCAAUAAAACCGCCGCCGCCGCCACCGCAACAGUCGUCAUCCUCUUCGUCUACCUCUAGUUUAAAUUCGUCGUCGAAUUCGAGAAUACACGGUGCAAGUCGGAAUUUACCUAGGAUUUCUAUUGAACAGGGUGCUGCUAACGUUUCAAGGGACUCGAACGGAUCUCAAAAAGUAGAAAGUAUAUUUAAGGAAAUGAUUGACGUACCGACGCCUCUGACAGCAAUCGCUGCAACUCCUCGCAUCGAACCGGAUUGCAAAUUUUCCUUCAAUCCGACGACGACGCAACCGAAAUUGACGGAGGCGUCAUCACUGCAAGGCACACCGAAGCGACGAGAACGUCAGUCCGUCCCUCGGCAGCAGUCGGAACUUUGCGAUGAUCUUAAUAUAUCCGAUACAGAUGAUAGUGAAGAUGAGAAAAAUUUACCACCACCAACAUCUUCGCAAGUACCUUCCAAUUUACAUGUAGUGGAAAAAUUGGUAUCACCAAUUGCCGCAACACCUGCUAGCAAUCCUGUGAUGGAACGUCCUCCAGAGCCCAUAUCUCGUAUCUCGGCCGCUGCAAGUUCCACAAGCGAUUCGGGCUCUGAUUCAGAAUCUGACAGCGAUUCUAGUAGUGAUGGUACUGGCGAAGAAACCAUAACGACUUCCAACGCGCGCGUCUCUCCCGUACCAUCAUCAGCAAAUCCUCCACAUAUCUCGCCAAAGCCGGAAGAAGAAGCGAAACCGCGGUGGAAUUUGGCAUCGUAUUUAGACCAAAAUGGGGCCAAAGCGGAAACGCAGCAAUCCCCGCGUAUUCAGUCGCCAUUUCAAAGUUCAUCUCACAAUCUGUCUCUAAGUUCAUCUAACAUCCGAAGGAACUGUAGUGAUGAUUCGGACUCGAGUGAUUCAACGAAAGAUCUGGAUAGUAUCGUUGCGGAAGCUUUCGCGUCUAAACCUCCCGCGCCUUUAUUGUCUAGCUUUUCGGAAUCGGACGGCAGUGUUAAAACGAAAAGCCCCAAAAGACGUAAGCGACCAGUGUCUUCAGUUACCAAUAUGUCGGACAGUGAUAGUGAUGACGAUCAUCGGGCGGUUACCAAAAUUCCUAAACCCGUCAAUCGCGCAAGUCCGAGACCCAAAUCCGCGUGUAGCGAUUCCGACCCGGAACCGAAUCACUUUAUACGUGCUUCCAACGGCGACUUAAGCAAGCGGCUGGUAUCGCCCAAUAUAAAAAAGCCCGAACCAGGUAAUCAAAAACCAAAAUCAAACAGAGGUCGUCCUCGAAAGAACAAACUACGGUCUCUUAGCGGUUCCGAUGGUGAAGUACGGGUAAAGAAGCGCGGACGGCCUCCCAAUAGCCAUAAGACUAAAACGUUAAGCGGGUCAGAAAACGAAAAUCCGGUCAGGAAAAGGGGCCGGCCUCCGAAACGUCCCCCUUCGCCGAGCAGCUCGGAGGACGAAAGAAAACCGUCCGUCUUCGACAAACCCUUACCACCACGAAGGCGGACGAUUUCCAAACGAGAUAUGUCCAUCAGUGAUUCCGACAACGAUAGGUUACCCAGUCACAAAGAACCGCCUCGUCCAAAUAAGCUCAAACCCAAAAGCGAAGAUAAGGAGCGCAACAAAAAUAAAGACGAUUCGGACGACGAAUGGGGCAAAAUGAACAAAAACAAAAUCGGCGCCCAUUUAAUGGAUAGAAGUCGCGAGAGAAGUAAUAGUUUAGUGAAGGAUGGUAAGCAAAAGAGGGCCACAGAUUCACCUAAGAAAAAAGAGACAGUUGUUCCAUUUCGAAGGAAAGGUCGGACAAAUUCGAUGAUGAAAAGUGCUCCUUACUUACCUACCACAACCGAUACCGAUAGUAGCGACUCCGAUCGGGCGCCCGCCAAAAAGCCUUCCGUACCCGUUCCUCCACGAAAUCGCAGCCGAUCGUCUAGCUCCGACAGUGAUGUCAUUAGCAACCGAGAUGAUAGAUCUUCGGAUAGUGACCAUUUGGCUCGGACUCUCGUAAACAGUAACAAGGUGGAGAGUCCGGUUAAAGUCGAUACUGGAGGCAAGUCCAUUCAGGACAAGAAGAAGAGCGACACCCUUCGAAAAUUGUUUACACCUAAACGAGAUUCGGAAGGUGGAAAAGGAGGAGGCAAGGGGGGUGGUAAAGGUGGUGCUAAAGGAGGUAAAGGCGGUAAGGGUAAGGGGGGCGUUAAUGUUAUUGUUGUGGAUGGCGAUUACGAACGUAGCAGCUCGUCCGUGGAGGAUGAGGCAAUGCCUACUGUGUCAAACCCCACACUCUUGUCGCCGAUUCCCAGCCAUGACGCAAAAGGUGUUACGCCACGUCCUCGUUCUGUUAGUGAAAUUCCUAAGACUGAGUUACCAGUUAGCGAAAGUGCUAAGUUUGAAAGAGAUAGUGUAUUAGUGAGAAUUGACUGGAAUAGAAUAGAUUUAAGUCAUUUAAGACAUAUACCAAAAUUAGGUAAAAGACAAUCUGAGGAGCUUCGGCAACGCGCUGACUUGGCAGACACAAGGCAAAAUGAUGCGAAACCUAAGACUGACCCUUAUAGUUCCCCAAUUGAAAUAAAGUGUUCCACGUAUUCGGAGGUUGUAAAUAAAAGUAAAAGUGACAGAACUAGCCUUAUUGUAAACGAGAGUGAUAGUGAUUUAGGAACUCGAAGACCAGUUUGGAAAAAGGAGCCAGAUUGUUCGAAUCAAAGUCAAUCAAACUCCAGUAACAAGCGUAAAAGGCUUAAUAGCUGUAGUUCGAUAUCUUCACUGUCUACAGUGAGUAGUAUAUCACAUAGUAGUAGUAGAAGGAAGGAGCAUAGGAAAGAGAAAGGUCAUCACAAGAGCAAAAGGCGGAAAGACGAGCUGGAAAGUUCGCAAAGAUCUCAUGUCGACAGUGACAAUCUAACAGAUGUUCCACCCACAAAUCACGAAAGGAAAGGACCGAGAACGCCACCUAUGCCGUCACCCGCUGAACGUAACUGUGGUAAUUGGUCUCAGCCCGUCAGGGAGUAUCAUUCGUACUUUGAAAGGGUCGAUGAACCUUCCGAAGAUGAGGAAAGAGACCAAAAUCGGUACCUGAGCGAAGCAAAGAGGUUAAAGCAUUUGGCUGACAAAGAGCCGGACACAAUAAAGCAGUGUAUGCUAUACCUGGAAGCGGUUCUUUACUUCCUGUUAACUGGAAACGCUAUGGAACGGGAAAGUCUAAGUGAAAAAGCUGCCUUUACUAUGUACAAAGAUACCCUUUGCCUUAUAAAAUAUAUUUCAUCAAAAUUUCGGAGUCAACAAAACUCAUCGUCGGUACAUACAAAAUUAGCGGUCUUAAGUUAUCGAUGCGUGGCUCUGAUAUACUACAAAUUGUUCAAGUUGAAGAAGUACGAGAUGAAAGAGAAUCAAAAGCUCAUUAACGAUUAUUUCACGAAGUCUGCAAAUAUGGCACCAAUCCAAUCGGACCAAAUUAAUCACGCCCUCGGAGGUCAGGGCACACCUUCCCCGUUAUCGCCGACGCCGUCGCCCGCCGGUUCCGUCGCCUCGGUCGGUAGUCAGUCUUCUGGUUACAGUAGCGGAGAGUUGGCGGUGCGCGCGAAUACUACGGUGCCUACGACAGUACCGACGCCGCCGACACCUUGCAUGUUGAUGCCCGUACACGUUUAUACGGCGGUGUCAAAGCAAAAUGAAAAUUUUUCAUAUCUAUUUUCGUAUCAAGACCUGUGGGACCAGGCCGAUGCUUUGGUUAUAAAAGGCAAACAAAGGGAUUUUUUCAUAGAAUUAGACAGACAUUGCAAGCCCUUGACGUUGCACAGUUCUCUAAUAGACUUGGUAAAAUACGUUCGAGCAGGAAUAAAAAGGCUCAAAGAAAAAGUAUAAUCCAAUUUUACACUAUUUAAGUGAUAAAGGUAUGCCAAAGAAUGGACCGAGUCAAUUUAUACGUCAAUGGAUUGAGCAUGCAAUCUGAGAAGAAUAAUUAUACCUUUUUUUAUAUAUAUCUUAUUGUAUAGUGAAGUAAAUAAUAUAUUAUUACGAUUUAUUGUUAUUAGGGCAUAUUUGCCAUUUUUUAGAUUGGUUUAGUAAAUAACUAGAAAGGUUGAAUGUUGAAAAGAAGUUACGUACGUUUAAUGUUUCUAGUAUACUGACCUAUGGCGGUGCAGUACAGUACUAUUUUUUACAUUCUUCGUAGUUUAGUGAAGGUGAAUUCCACAUAGUGUAUAUUUUUGUAUAUAUUGUACGCUAAAUUUUGGCAUAUUUACCGCUAUAUUUGUACAACGCUGAAGUAGUGGCCUAGAUAAUCAAAUUAUGACAACUUGAGCGCAACGCUCGCCGGUUGUGGACAUACAAAAGUAGUCAUUAUUUUUUUUGCAUAUAUUGUAGUAUAAGUGUGCAUAUUGUAACUGUAUGUAAAUCAUGUAUCAUAUUUUAUAAAUUUUAAAUUAUUAAAUUUUUAUUAUAGAUGUUUUCAUUAAGGCCAUUAUUGAAUUGAAAUCAAAACAUAAUUUUGUACCUAUAUUUUAUUACAAUUGGUAUUAAUUACACUCAAAUUAAUAUAACGGAUGUUUUUAGUACUUUAGGCACUUGUUGCAGCAAAUGAAAUUUCUCACGAGAUUAAAACCUGUUACAUUUUGUGAUUUGUUUAUAUAUUUUUUAAAUGUUUCCCCCAAAUUUGAUUUAUAGUAGAAUAUAUCUAUGUGAAAUUUCUGAUGCUCAGUGCGAAAAUAAAGUUUGGUUACAAAGCCUAAGUGCUAAAGUUUACAUAAAUUCCUAAAUGAAAUUGUUAGGGACCAAUGGUUCAAAAUCAGAAUGAGCGUAUACGAUUAACAGAUGGCAAAAUGAAAUUUAUUCAUAUCAUUGGUUCUUUGUUUUGUUCAUGUUAUUUCUAUUGUAAAGCCAUGUGAUGUUUCUUUUGUUUAAUUUGUAAUAUGUUAACGAUUGGCAUGUUGACUUUUUCAACCUCGUGAAAAUGUACAAAAAUUUCAUGUUGCGACUGAUUAAUGUUUGUUUUGUUUGAAAUAUAUUAUUUAUUUUAUAUUUAUUCUAAACGUAUUUAUUUGUUGCCUACUGUCCUCGAUGUAAUUUUUAUAGAUUUGUAACCAAACUUGAAAACUCUAAAUAGGAAAACAAUAGUCUAAAUCAUACAACUCCAAGUAACUUAAAGUGACCUUUUGUGAAAUCAUAAUAUUGCCACAGUACCUUGUAAAUAUGUAACUCUAGUAAUAAUUAUCAGGUGACGUGUAUAUUAUGACAACAAAAACAACAAGGACCCAAAAAUUUCACAAAUAUAUCAUUAUCUAACAUUUAA